UUAGAUAUGAUUGGACGGGCAGUUAAAAGCAAAUUAGCGAAAUUAGGUUUGCUGUAAAUUUGGGAGAAAAACUAGGAUUGGAUUCAGUCCACUUUUUUUUUUUUCCUUGUUAGAUUUGUUUUCCUCUUCAAUACUUUUCCACUCCAUAUAUAAAACACGCACAGACAAAACCGUCGUCUCUUAAUGCCUUUCCUCGAAAUUCAGCUCUACGCACACCGAACUCGGCUCUGCGCCCACAAUUGUUUCUCUUUUUCGCUUAGUUCAUUGCACUCUGCGAUCUUUAUUAUUCUAAACAUUCAAUUUUGAUAGAGGCUAGAGCCGUACUUUAAACUUCUUGUGAUUCUUCAACUUUAGAUCUUUAGGGUUCGUAAUUGUUCUAAUCGGGCGGAGAUUUUGGUUAUCGGGCCUUUCGAGGAACCCAUAAAUUAUUUUUUUCUUUAAUUUUUAAAUUUGUGUUGAAUUUUGAUAUGGAUUUCCUCUACAUAUUGAGAAUGAAAGAAAAAAUUGGGAUUUUGGUGUGCAUUUGGUUCCUUGUAUGUGGAUCAUGUUUAGGUAGGUUCGUGGUGGAGAAGAACAGCUUGAAAGUGACUUCGCCGAACCCAUUGAAAGGUGUUUAUGAAUGUGCAAUCGGUAACUUCGGAGUUCCUCAAUAUGGAGGAACCUUGGUUGGGACUGUCGUUUAUCCCCAAGCUAAUCAAAAAGCAUGCAAGAGCUUCGAUGAUUUCAGUAUCUCCUUCAAAUCAAAGCCCGGAGGAUUACCCACCUUUAUCCUUGCCGAUCGUGGAGAUUGUUUCUUCACAUUGAAGGCGUGGAAUGCACAAAAUGGCGGAGCAGCAGCUAUUCUUGUUGCCGAUGACAGGACAGAACCAUUGAUUACAAUGGACACUCCUGAAGAAGAAAAUGCUGGUGCUGAUUAUCUGCAAAAGAUCACUAUUCCUUCAGCCCUUAUUAGCAAAUCUUUGGGAGAUAGCAUCAAGAAAGCUAUAUCUAGUAAGGAAAUGGUCAACAUCAAUCUUGAUUGGACGGAGGCUCUUCCACAUCCUGACGAGAGGGUUGAGUAUGAAUUCUGGACUAAUAGCAAUGAUGAGUGUGGUCCUAAAUGUGACAGCCAGAUUGAGUUUGUCAAGAACUUUAAAGGAGCAGCACAGAUACUUGAGAGGAAAGGAUUCACUCAGUUCACUCCACACUACAUUACUUGGUACUGUCCAGAGGCAUUUGUUUUGAGCAAACAGUGCAAAUCUCAAUGCAUUAAUCAUGGGAGAUACUGUGCUCCCGACCCAGAACAGGAUUUCAGUAAAGGUUAUGAUGGAAAGGAUGUUGUGGUUCAAAAUCUUCGUCAGGCAUGCUUCUUUAAGGUGGCCAAUGAAAGUGGAAAGCCAUGGCUUUGGUGGGACUAUGUGACUGACUUUGCUAUCCGUUGCCCUAUGAAGGCGAAGAAGUACACAGAAGAAUGUGCAAAUGAAGUCAUUCAAUCCCUUGGUGUUGAUUUUAAGAAGAUACAAAGUUGUGUUGGAGAUCCCGAGUCAGACACUGAGAAUCCAGUUCUUAAAACUGAGCAAGAUACACAGAUUGGCAAGGGAUCUCGUGGAGAUGUCACCAUCUUACCAACUCUUAUGAUAAACAACAGACAGUAUAGAGGUAAGUUGGAUAAAGGAGCAGUUCUCAAGGCCAUCUGUUCAGGUUUCCAGGAGACCACAGAACCUGCCAUUUGCUUAAGUGAAGACAUAGAAACAAAUGAGUGUCUAGAAAGCAACGGUGGCUGCUGGCAGGACAGGGUUGCAAACAUCACAGCGUGCAGGGAUACAUUUAGGGGAAGAGUGUGCGAGUGUCCUGUUGUGCAAGGAGUAAAGUUUGUGGGUGACGGUUACACUCACUGUCAAGCUUCAGGGCCUUUACGUUGUGAGAUUAACAAUGGAGGUUGUUGGAAGAAGACCCAAGGAAGCAGGACCUACUCCGCUUGUAUUGAUGAUCAUACAAAAGGUUGCAGCUGUCCACCAGGAUUCAAGGGUGACGGAGACAAUAAUUGUGAAGAUGUGGAUGAGUGUAAGGAGAAGCUAGCCUGCCAAUGUCCUGACUGCAAAUGCAAGAAUACAUGGGGCAGUUAUGAGUGCAGCUGCAAUGGUGGCUCAAUUUAUAUGCAGGAACAUGAUACGUGCAUAGAAAAUGUUGCAGUUGGAACUGCCACUACUCGGUACAGCUGGGGAGGCAUUUUCUUUAUCAUCCUAUGCUUGGCUGUUGUUGGGGCUGGUGCUUAUGCAGUGUACAAGUACAGAAUCCGGAGAUACAUGGAUUCGGAGAUUCGAGCAAUUAUGGCACAGUACAUGCCAUUGGAUAAUCAAGGUGACAUCCCAACUCAUGCCUCCCACGGGAAUAUCUAAAAUUGCAACUUCUGAUAGUUGCUAUUUAUGAUCAAAAUACUGUACCAAUCUUUCUGUCCACCCACAGUUAUUGUACCAAUCCAUAUGGAGAAGUUUAACUGUGGCGUUGUGGCUGUUUUAAAAUCUUAUUUUUGUUUACUUUCCAAUAUUUUGGCAGCUAUUAUAAUUAUUAUUACAGAGAUUUGCGGCAAAA